AUGAAGCUCCUUUUGCUGACUUUGACUGCACUGCUGCUCUUGACCCAGCUCACUGCAGGUGGCACCCAAAGAUGCUGGAACUUUCUUGGCAAAUGCCGUCACACGUGCUCCAAGAAGGAAAAGAUCUAUGUUUACUGCAUAAAUAAUAAACCGUGCUGUGUGAAGCCCAAGUUCCAGCCAAAACCGAAGGCAUGGUUAUUCUGA